UAAAAAUAACACAUCGAAGAGGAGAGAGCGUAAACCCUCUGCUGCUGUAAGAUACCACCUGUGGCUGCGACUUCUACCUACAACCUCCAAAGUCUUCUCAAAAUGGUCGUGAUGCUGAAGCCUUGGGCAGUGCUGGUGGUCUUAGUGCUGUGUGUUCUGGUCUGUCUGGGAACACUGGCUGAUGCUUACCCCCCCAAACCCGAGAACCCCGGUGAGGAUGCUCCUCCUGAAGAGCUGGCCAAAUAUUACACCGCCCUGAGACACUACAUCAAUCUGAUCACCAGGCAGAGGUAUGGAAAGCGUUCAGCUCAGGAGGAUGUGGUCGCAGAGCUGCUGUUUGGUGGUGACAGCAACAGAGACCAAAGAUCAAGAUAUGAUGACUCUUACAUGUGGUGAUUCUUCUCCCUCCUCAUCGGGCAUUCCCUCUGGGUACAUCCCAGAAUGCACCUGGAGGGGCCAAUAUGUGCCUCUUACCCCUGACCUCUAAACCCAACAAAAGACCAUCCUUGAUGGAACGCAACCUCCUUCUGUCUCUCCUGUUGUUGACUCACAUCUCUGUCACCCCAACAAAACUGUACAUAAUUUAUUAUUGAAAUAAAGUAUAUAUGUAUAUGAGAUCACAGAAG